AUGUGUGAAGGUGAAUAGCGUUAUAAAUCGUGAAUUGGCUUAGAAAAUCUUUCAUUACUUCAAGUGAAUUUCUUCGGUUUGUUCUGUAGGAAAAGUGAUCAGCUUUAAAUUUUUCUCAUACCAAACCGUAAAAUUCGAUAAGAAAACGUUAAUAAACUACAGGUUAUGGAAUCCGAAAACGACGUUUCCGUCGAGCGUCAAUCGGCUUCUCGGGAAGCUAGUCCAAUAGGAAGACGGAACUCUCGUUCAAGAUCACCUUCCCUAUCGAGACAUCGCAACCCUUCAAAAAGCCCAGAUGAAAGAGUUAGGAAAUCUCGAUCACGUUCUCGUUCGCCUUCGGUAAAAUCGACUCACAGUGAUGCGGCGGGAUCGCAUAUGGCAAAAUCACGUAGCCGAAGUCCGAAUACAACUGCAGAGCAUAACAGCACUAAGGAGAGCAUCGAUUCCGGACGGAACAGAAGCCGCUCUAGAUCACCCGAUGGUGAAAUUGUUCAAAAUGGGAAUCGAUCUGGGAGCGUAUCGCCUGCUUUGAGAAAGAGUCGCAGUCGUAGCGUCGGUUCUAACAGAUCAAAACAGUCACGCUCAAAAUCACGUUCCAGAUCGAAGAGUAUUGCAAAAUCCAAAUCGCGCUCCAGAUCUAGAUCCAAAUCACGUUCCAAGUCCAGGUCGAGAUCACGCUCCAAGUCCAGAUCGAAGUCGCGCUCCAAAUCCAGAUCGAAAUCACGCUCUAAGUCUAGAUCAAAGUCCCGUUCACCGUCACCUUCCAAAGCUCGCUCUGGAACACGGUCCAAAUCCCGUUCAAAAUCACGAUCCAAGUCACGUUCAAGGUCGCGUUCGCGUUCACGGUCACUGUCUAAGGCUCGCUCGGGUUCACGUUCCAAAUCUCGAUCAAGGUCACGUUCCAAAUCGCCAGCUGGAAGUCGAUCUCGAUCACGAUCACGAUCCAGAUCUAGAUCAGUAUCGCGCUCUAGUUCUAAAUCGAGAUCCCGCUCGCGAAGCCGUAGUCGAUCAGGAAGCAAGGCCCGAAGCCGUAGUCGAAGUGUAAGCAGGUCGCGAUCCCGCUCCAAAUCGGGUUCCAGAUCACGGUCAAGAAGCCGUUCUAGUGCGAGGAAAAGUCGUAGUCGAAGCACAAGCAGAAAGUCUGGUUCAAGAUCGCGUUCGCGAUCUCGGUCUCGUUCUGGCUCCCGGUCUAGAUCACGUUCGAGAAGCCGCAGUCGCUCGGGAAGCCGAGCUAGUUCUAGACGUAGUCGUAGCCGUAGUCGCAGUUCGGCAAAAUCCCGUAGCCGGUCUCGGUCGCAUUCAGGACGGUCACGAUCCAGAAGCCGGUCCGUGUCGCCAACGAGCGCAAAAAAACGGGGAGCUAUUUUAAGCGAUUCCGAGGAUGAUGGCGGCGGAGCAGUGGACAAAGCGCCGAAGAAGCGUGCAAAAAUCACCGAUUCUGAUCACGAAGGGGAAGAGUUGGAAGAGACCGCAGAUCCCGCUGUUCCUGGAACGGAAGAGAACAACGAUGAACCGAACAUAAACAAUGAAAGGCCACUAGUCGAUACAGGAGAUUCGGACGAUGAGGGUGUACGGGAAGGCAGCGGCCGCGAAUUUAUUUCGGACUUCGAGUUAAUGUUGGCACGCAAAAAGGAGGAAAAAUCCAAACGACGCAAACGUAACGAUAUUGAUUUGAUUAAUGACAAUGACGAUCUGAUUGCUCAAUUAUUGCAACAAAUGCGUCAGGCUGCCGAGGAUGAUCGUCAGCUAAAUAAUACGGGACAACCAGCUACUAAAAAGAUUGCCAUCCUGAAGUAUGCAAUGUCUCAGUUGAUUAAGAAAGACCUGCAGCUAGCCUUUCUGGAACAUAAUGUGCUAAAUGUACUGACUGACUGGUUGGCACCGUUACCGAACAAAUCGCUGCCCUGUUUGCAAAUUCGGGAAUCGAUACUGAAGUUACUUUCCGAUUUCCCUUGCAUUGAUAAGUCAUACCUGAAACAGUCAGGUAUUGGCAAAGCGGUUAUGUACCUCUACAAGCAUCCCAGGGAAACAAAGUGGAAUCGUGAGCGUGCCGGAAGACUGAUUUCCGAAUGGGCACGGCCCAUUUUCAACCUCAGCACCGAUUUCAAGGCAAUGUCUCGUGAGGAACGGCAAGAACGAGAUUUGCAGCAAAUGCCUAAAAAGCGGCGAAACUCGCCUGAGCCUCAAGGACAGGGCAGUACCAGCAAGAAAGGUUUGCCGUUUACCGAGGCAGAAAAGGGUGCUCUACGUCCCGGAGACAAAGGCUGGGUUCAGCGUGCUCGCGUCCCAAUGCCAUCGGAUAAGGAGUACAUCGUACGACCGAAAUCGACUAGUGAUAUUGAUAUGACACGGAUCACCAAGAAGAAAAUGAAUCGAUACGAAAAACAUUUGAAAAAAUUCAUCGAUGCUAAGCGUUUGAAGUCUUCGCGGCGAGCAGUUGAAAUUUCGAUCGAAGGUAGGAAGAUGGCACUUUAAUUGAAACCCAUUUGCAAAGCGAAAAGGUUAUUAGAUGAAUUAAUCUUUAUAAUAUAACUGUGACGAUCUGCGAAUGAGCUUUGUUGUUUGGUCAGCCGACCGGCAUUGGUAUUUCAAGCUCGAAUUACGCUGUAAAUCACAAUGUAGACUUUUUGAAAAAUAAAA